AUGUCAACAAGUACCAACUGCAACAAGCUGCUGGAUGAAAGGAAGCAGACAAAGGACAGGAUCGUCAGUAGGUUAAAGAGGCCAAUGGAUCUGCCAACUAUCCUGAAAGCUGCAUCCAACCUGCUUCUCAUUGCAGUGGGGAUCCCGGGAAACAUCAUCGUUCUGCUGGUGUUUGGACACAUCGGUUGCGUGGAGCGCAAACUGCUGCCAGCCGACAGCAUCGUCUUCAUGCUGACUUUUGUUCACCUGCUGAUAAUCCUCAACCGAGGAAUCCCACAAACCCUCUUUUCACUAAACUACAGGGGAUUCUACAACUCCUUAACCUGCAAGUUUCUCAUUUAUAUCUACAGAACGACCAGGGCUAUGUCCAUGUCCAUGACCUCCCUCCUCAGUGCUUACCAGAGCAUACUGAUCGCGCCGGCAACCUCCCGGUUUUCGUGCUUAAAGCCAAAGCUCCCCACGCUGAUCCUGCCAUCCUUUGUCUUCUUGUGGCUCCUGGAUGCGACGACGUCCUUCUAUAGCUUCCUGUAUACAUCUCAGAUCCGGAACAUCACCGGUGUCAAAUUCGCUCUCAAUUUGAGCUUCUGUCUUGUGGAGUAUCCUAACGAAGCGUCCUACAUAGGGACCGGCAUCAUGAACCUCUUGAGAGAUUUCUUCUUCGUAUUUUUCAUGGUGGCCACCAGCUCGUACAUUUUAUUUGUUCUCUAUCGACACCGCCAGCAGGUAAAGGGCAUUCGGAGCUCUGAGCAGAACCAGAACACGCCAGAAAUGCGAGCGGCCAAAAUCGUAGUCACUUUCGUCACCCUGUUUGUGGUUUUCUUCGGUGUCGACAACAUCACCUGGAUCUACACUCUGUAUGCGCUCAAGGUUCCUGCCGAUUUGAACAACGUGAGGGUUUUCUUCUCCUUGCUCUAUGCCUCCAUCUCUCCCAUAGUCGUGAUCGCAUCAAACAAGAAAGUCAAAAGCAAGCUGCAGUGCACUAAGACGCCCCCAGACACUCCCCUGUCACCCCCAGAGGGAGUGUUCUCCCUGGGGCUACCCUUUGAGACAAUGGGCGUAAAAAUACAAAACCAAAGAACUAUUCUCCUGCAACAAGACAACAUGCCGGUUGACCCUUUGUCAACAAGGGUCAACAAGCAUCAAG